ACAGCACGAUACAAUGUCUCUGCCACCACAAACAAUUCGGAUCAAGCGCCCCCGUGACGAGGCUCCUGUUCAGGCGUUAUGUACGUAUUUUACACAGCUACUCAUGUCCCAGACGACGCUUUAGUGAAUUUAGCUAAUAGGGGGUUUUUUUCCUCUUAACAUAUAGACGUUGACGGCAAUACUCGCACUCCUCAGAAGCGCCAGAGAACCGGACACUCGCCAGAUUACGUCUUUCGGCUCGCACACACGGUUACAUCUCCAACUGAUCCCACCCCCCGCCCGUUCCAGCCCAGGACCUCGAGCCCACCUCGGCCCUGUAGGGUUCCGCAGAUUCGCAGUACAUUAUCGUCGUCGUUGGGUGUGUCUGAACCAUCGCCAGACUCUCCUAGUACCGGUUUGCCUUUGACGCCUUUGGCGCCGAGGAAUGCUUCUACCGCUACUACGCCACAGCCAGGAGAAAAGUUGGUUUUGGAUACGGCUACGACCCCCCGGAGUGCGUUACUUAAAGCACCGGUUCCGCUUAGUGCGAUUUCGUCGAGCGGGGGGAGUGCUCUUGAGUCCUGGACUGUGGUUUCCCCGGAUAGUCCGCCUGCUUCAUCCCCUGUGCGAGCUCCUGAGCGACACGGCACGCCCCGACACGAUACUUUUGGCAACGAGUCACCACGGGCUGGAGGGCUGACGCCGGCUGUCAAAAGGAAGAAUGGGGAGAUGGAGAGAGGGCAGGGAGAUGAGGCUGAGGAGAGGUCCGGGACUAAGAGGAAAAUGACACCAGUCCGGAGAUACCAACUUGCAAAGCGGCUUCGUGUCAAGCAUAGCCACCAUCCAUAUUCCAGUGCCACCCGCCGGAGUGCUAUCUUUACGCGAGUUCUUGAGACUCAUGAUACCGAUACAGACCGGGCAGAAGAAACUGCAGCAGUGGAGAUAACUCCUGAGCCAGUGGUGGAGCGUAAACGCCCGAGAACUCACCCACAAGAGAAAAAGAGGCUGGAGGAGCAAAAGAGGAAAGCGGAAGAGGAGGAAAUGACGAAAGGAAAAGAGGCCAAGCUCAACGAUCAAGUGGACGAUAAUGACUUCCUCAUCGCCCCGUUUCACGCGAUGGUGCUCGAACACCUUAACUCGUCUUCCAACGACGGUAUUCGCAACCUACCGCCAGCCUCCUCUUUAGCGAAGCCGGGGGAUACAGCAUCGAAGAUCGGUGGAGGAGUGGGUGGCGGAACAUGGGGGGGACCCGGGGAAGAGGAUGGUUUCGUCUACGAUGUGUAUAUCCGCGAAGAGCUUCAUGUCUCUGUUGACAAGAAGGAAGGAGACUACGGCGUGUUGGUGAUUGAGGGUAGUGAUGACGAAGGAUGGUGGUAUGAAGGGGGUCCAGAUGAAGGUAGCGAGGACGAUGUCUGGGCUAGUGACGACGAGGAUAGCAAUGGUUUGCCCCCCUUCAUUUUGAUUCCUUUCACCACGUAACGAACGAAGUGUGGCUUACCGGCGUUUGUAGCUGAGGACUUUCAUACCAAUGACUAUCCUGAAGAGCCCACCUACGACUCAGACGAUGAUCUGCCCCGCCGGUUCAAUCCCUCUGACGAGGAUUCUGACGACGAUCCAAAUGUGUUCAAACCAUGGGCCAGAUGCGGCCAGAGGUUUGGAGAUGAAGAAUAUGACCUCGAUGACGAUGAUGAAGAUGAGGGGAGAUUCAACGUCAAGCAGCGGAUCUGGGGCAUGAUUGGCGGAGAUGAGGGGGAUGACGAAGAGUAGUAGGGCCCGGGGGUGGGUCCUGUGCUACUGAUAAAAUCGGGCAGAGGUCUGAUAUGGGUAGAUUACAAUGACGAGCGAUCUGGUUUUUCCCAUCUUUUUCCUUUCACCUUUCCAUAUCUAUCUACAUAGCGAGGGCAUUAUUUUUCAUGGGAUUUCUUCCUUUCAUCAGGUUUCAUAAUGUUUUUUGUAAAAGCUGUAAUCGCUUUUUUCCUACGCUUUCAUAGCAUAUACAUCAUGGAUUUUUAGAGAAUUUCUAUCUAUUAGAGUUAGUAUAAUACUAUAGAUUUUUCUUGGAAACAUUUUUCCAGGCUAGUCGGCCCCGGAGAAUGAGCAGCCGGCUUAUCGCAUAGAGACUGUAACAUGGCCCGAGUGCUGAUUAUCUAGUUAUAGCGCUAUCGUGCUGGUCCGGGAUGGUGGGGGGAAUUGUUCCCCCUAAGAAUUAGGCCCCUAGAGUGGCUAACUAUGCCAGUAGACCAAUUCGCGUGGAUCUGGAGUCCU